AUCUCCCGGUGCAGCAACGGCAGCAGCGCACACCACACGGCCAGGACGACCACGACGUCGACGCCGCCCCGGCCGGCCACUUGUCGCGGGGAUCCCUCGCCACCCCACUAUCGCCCGACGCUCCGCUGUACUUGCCCCCACCGACCACCCCCCACAUGCGGCGAAUCAGUCUAGCGGCGAGAUAAGCGGGCGAAAACGACGAAAAUAUUGCCGAAAAUAGAGAAGCCACCCCCCUGUGCCGCAGAAGGGGGUGAAAACUGCCACCCGCCGACAGGGAUGUGACGACCGCCGGAACACCCCCACGUAGAAAAAUCCCGCGGGCAGCAGCCUUUUGUUUCCGCAUUUUUCUUUUCCGUUCGCUUCGUUCCGCCGCACAGUAGUUCAUUUACAAUUCCUCCCUAUUCUCAUCCAUGUUGUCCUCCAGCUUAAAUCGCUAGCCUCUUGAUACUUUUCCUUUGCCUCCCCUCACUUUCUUCGCGGUAUACCAUUUGCAACAGCGAGCUAAUAUUUAAAAAAAAAAAAAAAAACAUGGGGGGAAGACGUCCGGCGCCGUAUAGGCGCUACGGAAGCCACGCAUCACGGUGGCUGACGCUCCACGGGCCGUGGUGGUUGAUCGCGAUGGUUGCCGCUGCGCUGGUUGGCCACGUGGCGGGAGCUGAGGUGUCCGUCUCCACGGCGGCCGAGAAUGGCGUGGAGGCGGUGACGCCGACGGCGGUGCAGCACCGGCUGGGCGACGAGUGCGGCGAGGACCUUCCGGCGGGCGCGGAGUGCGUGGGCGUGCCGGGCGCCUUCUGCAGGCCGGAGGACGGCCGCUGCGCCUGCCGCGAGGGCCGCGUCGCCGCCGCCGACGACCGCGACCGCUGCGAGCUGCCGGCCAGGCUGGGAGAGGAGUGCCACUUCGACGAGCAGUGCGGCGUCGCGACGCCGCGUACCGUCUGCGUCCAGGGGCGCUGCCGCUGCUCCGAGGGUCUGGUCGCCGUCAACCCGGGUCGGCGGCGCCUGGGGGAGCCCUGCAAGGAUCGGAAGGAGUGCGGCGCGCCGAACUCGUUCUGCCUGCCGGGCAAGGAUGUGUGCGCCUGCCUGCCGGAGUUCCCGCUCAGCGACGGACACAGCCAGUGCGGAAAGCGUGAGUACCCAGCAUCUGUCAGCCACACAGUAACUGUACCUCGUUUCAUUACCUUCUUAUAA